AUGUACAAGUUUAGUCCAAGAUACUGAGAAGGAAUUAGCUACCACUUUUAAUACUCUGUAAUCUGAGAGAUAGUAGUAAGGUUGUUUGCUGAGAAGAUGGCUCUUUUAUCUGCUCAUUGGACUCUUGUGUUUGGUCUUCUAGGUAACGUCGUCUCCUUUGGAGUGUUUCUUGCACCAAUACCAACAUUCUACAAAGUUUACAAGAAGAAAUCAACUGAAGGCUUCCAGUCAGUCCCUUACGUAGUGGGCCUAUUCAGUGCCAUGCUCUGGAUCUACUACGCAUUGCUCAAAUCCAACACUCUCCUUCUCAUCACCAUCAACUCAGCUGGCUGCGUCUUUCAGACCGUCUACAUCUGCAUCUUCCUCAUUUACGCCCCUCGAAAAGCCAGAAUGCAGACCUUGAAACUCCUCGUCUCGAUGAACGUAGUAGGAUUCGGCCUCAUCGUCAUCUUAACUCAGUUUGUUGCGAAAGGAGCUGCAAACCGUGUAGUGAUUGUCGGCUGGAUUUGCCUCGUCUUUUCUCUAUGCGUCUUCGUCGCCCCCCUCUGCGUCGUGAGACAAGUCAUCCGAACCAAAAGCGUCGAGUACAUGCCGUUCCUUUUAUCUUUCUUCCUCACUCUCAGUGCUGUUAUGUGGUUCUUCUAUGGCCUCCUACUCAAAGACUGCAACAUUGCCGUUCCGAACGUGCUGGGAUUUACAUUCGGCAUUCUGCAGAUGAUAUUGUACAUGGUAUACCGAAACUCGAAAAAAGACUCGAUCGAAGCGAAGAAACUUCCCGAAUUAUUCGAGGAUGAUUCGGUGAUCAUAAUCGAUGAUCAGAAACUCCCGGAGCUGAAAGCGAAGAUAGAUGAUGUGAUGAGGCUGAGCGCGAUGGUUUGUUCGGAGAUGAAGCCGGUUGGCAGGAACUCGAACCCGAAUGAGCUCGAUAUGAUUGAAAUUCAAGUCGUGGUGCCUAAAAAACAAGCCACUCCGAUAACCGCUUAAUCAAGUGGCGAUAAUUGUCCGUAGUUUAAUUUAUAUAUAAUCUCGUGUGUAUGGCUCUGUAGUUUCUCAUCUAUAUCACCACCAUCUCUUGUACUUAAUUUGAAUUAAUUAUUAUGAAAUAUAUAUGGCUCUUUACUA